AUGGGGCUUUCAGAACAGCAAAUGUGGGCGAUCUCAGCCACAGAACGUGUCUGCUCGACUGUUUCCCUGAUCGGCACGUUUGUGAUAGUCACCACAUUCAUCUGGUCGACAUCUUUCCGUAAGCCCAUUAAUCGCCUGGUGUUUUAUGCGUCAUGGGGUAAUAUCAUGGCCAAUGUAGCCGCCAUCAUAGCGCAGGAUGGGAUUCAUAUAGGGGUUGAUAGUGCGCUAUGUCAGUUCCAGGGCUUCUUAAUUCAGUGGUUUAUGCCCGCCGACGCCCUGUGGACCUUUGCGAUGGCAUGCAACGUCUACCUAACGUUCUUCCACAAAUAUAACUCCGAGCAACUCCGUCAGCUCGAAUGGAAAUAUGUCCUGUUUUGCUAUGGGAUACCUUUCAUCCCGGCUUUUGCAUACUUCUUCGUCAAAACCCAAGCUCGAGGUCGGAUCUAUGGCUCUGCAAUCCUAUGGUGCUGGAUCGCAAUCCCAUGGGACUUCCUCCGCAUAGCCCUCUUCUACGGACCAGUCUGGUUCGUCAUCUCACUAACAUUCGCCAUCUACCUCCGGGCAGGAUCAGUAAUCUAUCAGAAACGACGCCAGCUUCGAAACCUCGGCGGCAUCGAUCCCUUCGAUACUGACUUGGUACCGUCUAUAUCGCCCUUUGCUACACUGGCUGGUAUUCAGGUUACCAGGGAGAUUGCCUGCUACAUACCUGAGCAGCGGUCUCCAUCGAGUGGUGGUCCACGCGGACUUCCGUCCGCUUCGUUCAAGCCAUACUCUGUUACCAUUCAGGCUGGCAGUUCUGGAGAUGCGCCACUUGGUUUGGAGCAUAGCUCGAGACCUACUACUUGUCCACUUCAGAAAGAUGGUCAUGCUAGGACUGGGCGGGCAGAUUUGGAUUCUGUUUCGCAGCCGAGGUCCAUUGCUACUGAGGCUAGUUCGGCUGCUUGGGCGUAUACCAAGUAUGCCAUGUUGUUCUUUAUUGCCUUGCUCGUGACUUGGGUCCCAUCUACUAUAAACAGAGCCUACUCCCUGGCUCACCCAGACAGUGUCUCCUUCGGUCUCAAUUUUGUCGGUGCUUUUGUCCUCCCACUUCAAGGCUUUUGGAAUAGUCUUAUAUACGUCUCGAUUUCAUGGCCUGCGUUCAAAUUGCUUUGGCAGGAUAUCCGUACCCAAGCAGUCAAUCGAACAAUCACCGAAUUCCUGAUCAUCAACAACCCUCUACGCAUCCUCUCAACCUGCCCAAAGGAGGCAACCUUACACUACAAUUUCCUACUCCUCGGCAUAAUUCAACUUUCACAAUCACCCACUAUGACCGAAUCCGAACCAAACACCCAACAACUACCCGCAGCAUCACCCUCCCCUCCCCCGCCAGCCCCGAUUCCCCAAACACCCGGCCCACGCGCUUCACGUCUACACCAAGUCUUCGACCAAGCCCUGGCGCGCACACUCCGCGCAAACUCUUAUGCGAAUUUCGCAAGUUGCUUCCCUACCCCGGCGCGCCAUGUCCCUGCCAGUUUAGAGAGUGUCUGGCGACAAUUAAACGCGAAGCUGGAGGAGAGCGCGAAGGCUGAGUUUGAGGAGAUUAUUGCUGAGCGGGAGGUCGUGCCACAUCUUAAUGAAUUGGAUCGGUUGGUUGGCGAGGCUAGGGUAAGGAGGGAGCAGGAAGAGGAGAAUGGGCAUUCUGAGAGAACAGUCCCACAUACCCUCGGCGCGGAAGAUCUGUACAAGGCACACCUCACGCCGUAUCUGCAGGAAGCGCAAUCGACCCUGAAUGACAGGCUUGAGGUUACGCAUGUGGAGAACGCGCAGCUGGCACAGACUGUUCAGUCGCAGAGACAGGAAAUCGAACAAUUGUUGGCGCACCUGGGUUCUGUUGUUUCUGAUAUUGAGGGUGCUGCUUCGGCUGCCACGCAGUUCAGCAAGGAACAUCAUCUUCGCCGGGAUGCGGUUCAGAUGGAUGAAGAGGUGAAUGCUCAUGAGGGUCUGUGA